GUCAGUUCACACGGCUGAAGCCAGCCGGACCGUGUUGAGGUCGGGCUAGGGUUUUUUUUUGCGCCAAACCAGCGAGGCAGCGACCGUUUUGCCGCCGCAACACUCCUGCCGCCCCCUCUCCGCCGCCGAUAAUGGAGUCCAGCGCCAAGAAGCUUAGCAGCCUCCGUAUCACCUCCCUGGAUGACGAUGACGACGAGACCGAGGUCCCGCACCAGCCCCCUCCAGCAGGCCCCUCCGCCGCUGCAGCGGAUUACGAGGACGACGACGAUGAGGAUGAAGAAGUGGAAGUGACGCUUGGCGUCCUUAGCAAACCGAAGCACCCAGGCCUCCUCCUCCGCCACUUGUUCCCCAGCAAGGCCGGCGGCAUCCCGGCGUGGUUGGACCCCGUGAACUUGCCGUCGGGGAAGUCCAGCUGCUGCGGUUUCUGUGGCGAGCCUCUGCAGUUCGUUCUCCAGAUUUAUGCACCAAUUGAAGACAAUGUAGCAGCCUUCCACCGAACGCUGUUCGUGUUCAUGUGCCCAUCCAUGGCGUGCUUGCUUCGAGAUCAACAUGAACAAUGGAAACACAAGCAUGGGAAUCCAUGUAGAAGCGUGAAGGUUUUCCGUUGCCAAUUGCCACGGAGUAACACCUUCUACUCAGCUCAACCUCCAAAGUAUGAUGGCUCUGACAAACCACUGUGUCCAGGAGCUCCUGUAUGCCACUGGUGUGGUACCUGGAAAGGUGAUAAAAUUUGUAGUAGCUGCAAGAAAGCAAGAUACUGUUCUGAGAAACAUCAGGCACUGCAUUGGCGUACUGGUCAUAAAAAUGAUUGCCUCCAGAUAAUAAGUUCUUCUGCUGCUUCAAAUUCAGUUCUGCCAGCUGUAGGAAAAGUUCCUGCUAGCACUUCUUGGCUAGAAUUUGAGAUAAAAAUAGACUAUGAAGGUACUUUUGAUUCCGAUAGUGGUGAUGAAAAUAACUCAAAGUCGUUGGUGAUGCAAAGACAUGGGAAACCCGAUGCUAUGAUGCAGUCGUGGAUGGAUCAAUUUGAGGCUGAUGCUGACAACAAAUGCUGGGCAUCUUUUCAAGAGCGGGUCUCAAGAGAACCAAAGCAAGUGUUGAGGUAUUGUCGAGAACCAAAUGCUAAACCUCUCUGGGCCUUAUCUUCUGGGUGUCCUUCAAAUGCUGAUAUCCCAUCAUGUAGCUACUGUAGAGGUCCAUUAUGCUAUGAGUUUCAGUUAAUGCCACAAUUGCUUUAUUUCUUUGGUGUGGGAAAUCAACCAGACUCACUUGAUUGGGCAACAAUUGCUGUCUACACAUGUCAAGGGUCAUGUGACCAAAGUGUUAGCUACAAAGAGGAAUUUGCUUGGGUUCAGUUGUACCCUACAACCACGAGGCGGUAAUAAUGUUUACCUAUUCCUCGGAGUAACUGCUGUCCAGUUCUGCAGGCUUAACAUGUGUCAUCAGCUUGUAAGACAAAGGAUGAAACAUCAAUAAAUCUUCAAGCAACAAUUUAGGUGUUAACAAGUUUGCAGAAAGUCAGAAAAACAAUUCAGUAAUAAAUACACCCAUCGGUAGAAUUGGAGAUUGGGAUGCUCAGAGCAGUGAGUAGUGAGAGCUUCGCGAGUCCCAUUGUACCUAUGUCUUGACAAUCAUGGGUAACGAUACCAGCAGACAAUAGUUGCCUAGUGUAGAUAUUAUAAGUUCCACUUGUCCUAUAUUUUAGGUGCCUGAUUUUUUGUUGUUGUUCAGGCAAUAGGCAAUUUUGUUAUUGUUUGACUAUAGAAAAAGUUGUGAAUUCUCUCGGUUGUAUAAGAUUGUUGCCUGCUCAAAAUUUAGGCCUGUAAUAUAACAAUUCCCAACCAUGUGCAUUUAUGUGAAGUGGCUUGUAGCUUCGGAGGAAGAAUUAAGUCAAAACGGAAUAUUGCACUUUAAGUUCUUAUA